AUGCUAGACGAUAAACAAUCAUCCAUAGUCCGUCCAAAAGCAGCUGUACCGCCUAUGUUUACACCUGUUUUCACACCCAAUUCACAAUCAUCAUCAAUAAUGCAGAAUACAAAUCGUUUAUCACAACAAACUCUUACUGAAAUUGGUAUUGCAAUACGUAAACAUGAUCGAGAAGCAACACGUUUAUUUGAUUGUAUUGGUCAAGUUAAAAUUUUUUCAUAUCAUUCAAUUGAAUUACGUUGGGAAAAUUUACCAAAUAUUGAAGGUAAUUUAUGUGUCUAUGAAAAACAAAAAAUAAUUCAUAAUAAAAUAUAUCCAUCAUAUGCAUUUGCAAUUAUCAAUGGAGAUAAAUAUUUUAUACAGCCAAUUACUUCUGAUAUGGUACAACAUGCUGACAAAUUACGUUUAUUCUAUGAAGUUGCUCGUAAUGAUCGUCGUGAAGUUUUUUGUUUACAUUUUUUAACUGAAUCUGAAUGUCUUCGACUAAAUACAUUUCUUACUCGUUGUAUUCAAGCUCUACGAACCAUUGAAGAACAACAACAACAGCAGCAGCAACAAGCUCGUACAAUACCGUCUUCUGUUCCUAUUGAACCUCAAACACAAUUAAAUGGACAAAUACCAACAAAUAUAUCUGUUCAACAACAAACACCAACAAAUGUCUAUCGACAACCACAACAACCAAUUGUUUUACAAAAUCCAACGACGCCUCAAUUCGGAUCAUCUCGUGUUAACAUUAAUCAAACUCCAACUCGUUUUGCACCAUUAUCGAAUACUACUGUUCAACCACAACAGCAGAAUCAACUAAUUAAUUCUUAUCCUUCUCAAAUACCUAUUGAUGUUAUGCAUAAAAAUUUAUCACGUUCAACUCCUACUGUUCCAUCAGCAUCAGCUCUUGGUCAAAUUGAAGUUCCUAAAACAAUUGAACAAACUCCAUUUCCUCCUUCACCUAUUCCAUUAACAAAUGGAAAUAAUAAUAAUAAUAAUAAUACUGAAGAUCCAACAUCAUCACUUAAACGACUUCUUAAUAUUCGUGGUCAAAAUCCAUUAGAAAAUCUUUCUCUUGAUGAUAGUUCAGUUUAUACUAAACAACAAGCACAACAAAAUCUACUUGAUCUUAUGCCACCAUCAGCAUUUGAACCAAUAACAGCUACACCACCAUCACCUGUUGUUGCUAUUGGUGCCGAGCGUACAAAACAUCGUUUAUCAACUCAAUUACCUUCAAUGAUGAAUCGUGAACAUUUUCGUAAUGUUCUUAUUCAUCUUGUUCAAAAUGAUGAUCAUUUUCUUGAUAUUAUUUAUCAAGCAUGUCUUACUCAUCCUUCAACAUCCCAAUAA